AUGGCAGACGUCCCGCUCGUUGUCAUUUCUGAAUUCGCGCAGUCGGAGCGCCGAAUCACUCCCUCGUGGUCCAUCUCCCAGCUCAAGACAAAGCUUGAGACUGUCACGGGUGUUCCACCAGGUUGUCAGCGACUCUCGCUCAAACCCACGGCUGGCGCAGAGGCUAUCGCCAUUGAGGCGCCUAACGAGGAUGACACCCACUUGUCCAACUUUCCCCUGGCCCCAUAUGCAGAACUUCAUGUAAUUGACACACGGCCUCCGGCCUCCCGUAUCAACCUGAACGAUACCGCGGGCGUUGACAAGUAUGUCAUGCCCGAGGAAGAGUAUGAGAAAAAGCCCGACUCGGUGCUUGCCUGGAAGAAGGCACAGAAGCUGGGCCGUUUCGACCCCGAUGCCCCUAGCCACGAGCAGGCCAAGCUCAACGCUCUCGACAGAGAGGUGGCCACGCGGGGCAUUGCUGUAGGCCGCCGGUGUCGCGUUGGCGGUGAGGAUACUCGACGCGGCGUCAUCCAGUACGUCGGUGAGGUCAAGGAGAUUCCCGGCGGUCUCGGAAGCUGGGUUGCUGUCAGGCUGGACGAGCCCGUUGGCAAGAACGAUGGCAGCAUCGCUGGCACGCGGUACUGGGGAGAGCCUUCAGAGCUCAAACACGGUGUCUUUGUGAGGCCGGAGCGGGUUGAGGUCGGCGACUUUCCUGCCCUUGAUGACUUGGAGGAUAUGGAGGAGAUUUGA